AUGGUAGACAGACUUGUUGCUGUCCAGGUAGAUCUCGAAACACUUCAGUUUACCCAUUGUGUCAACAUCCCUUCCUCUUUUCCCAGUGGCGACCACGGACCACGGACGGCGGAAAAAGGUAGAGAAAAGCGCACACAACCGACCGACCCACGGUACGGACCACGACGUAUACCCACCCCAAAAGGACCGACCAACCGACCGCCUAGACUUUCAAAAAAAGGCCAGGGAAGCUCUGGGGAUGCAAGAACUUCCCAGCCAGAUCAAAAUAGGCAAAUACUUUUAUUUUAUCUUUUUAUUUUUUGCAUUACUGUUCUUUUAUUUUCUUUCUUUUUCUCAUCAUACUUUUCUUUCAUCUUCUCUUUCUGUCUCCUUUCUUUUUCUCAAUAUUCUUUUCUUUCUUCUUCUCUUUCUGUCUCCUUUCUUUUUCUCAAUAUUCUUUUCUUUCUUCUUCUCUUUCUGUCUCCUUUCUUUUUCUCAAUAUUCUUUUCUUUCAUCUUCUCUUUCUGUCUCCUUUCUUUUUCUUUAUCUUCUUUUUUUAUUCUUUUUGCCUUUUCUCCUCUCUUUCAUUAUUCCUUUCUUUCUUUAGCCUUUCUUCUCUUUUUCUUCUUCUUUUUUUUUCCUCAUUAUUUUCUUUCUUUCUUCUUCCUUCUCCCUCUCUUUAUUCCUUCUAUCUUUAUUGUUUUCAUCUUCUUUUAA